AUGCGUGGGGCAUUUUCUUGUAAUUAUAGACUUCAACCAACGUCAGUGCCCCAGCAGCCGCACUUGAGUGCGCGAACGACAGCAGAAACGGGAGCUUCCAACCCCGUGCAACCGCCUCGUCUUCCUUCUCGCCAGCUCAAUUCGCAUUCCCGCCUCCCCGUUUCUCCUUUCCAAUCCCCAGGACCCCUUCCGGUCACCCCGUUUCCCCUUCCCGCUCUCCGUUUCCCCUUCCCGCCUCUCCGUUUCCCCUUCCCGCCUCUCCGUUUCCCCUUCCCACCACCCCGUUUCCCCAUCCCGCUCCCCGUUACCCCUCCCCGCCUCCUCGAUUCCCCUUCCCGCCUCCCCGUUUCCCCAUCGCGCUCUCCGUUUCCCCUUCCCGCCUCUCCGUUUCCCCUUCCCGCUCCCCGUUUCCCCUUCCCACCACCCCGUUUCCCCAUCCCGCUCCCCGUUACCCCUCCCCGCCUCCUCAAUUCCCCUUCCCGCCUCCCCGUUUCCCCAUCGCGCUCCCCGUUACCCCUUCCCGCCUCCUCAAUUCCCGUUCCCGCCUCCCCGUUUCCCCUUCCCGCUCCCGAUUUCCCCUUCCCGCCUCCCCGUUUCCCCGUCCCGUUCCCGUUUCCCCUUCCCGCCUUCCCGGUUCCCCGUCCCGCUCCUCGUUUCCCCUUCCCGCCUCCCCGUCGACCCUUCUCGCUCCCCGUUUCCCCUCCCCGCUCCCCGUUUCCGCUUCCCACCUCCCCGUUACCCCUUCCCGCCUCCUCAUUUCCCCUUCCCGCCUCCCCGUUUCCCCUUCCCGCCACCCCGUUUCCCCUUCCCGUCUUCCCAUUACCCCUUCCGCCUCCCCGAUUUUGCUUCCUGCUCCCCAUUUCCCCUUCCCUCCUCCCCGUUUCCCCUUCCCGCUCCCCGUUUCCCCUUCCCACCACCCCGUUUCCCCAUCCCGAUCCCCGUUACCCCUCCCCGCCUCCUCAUUUCCCCUUCCGCCUCCCCGUUUCCCCUUCCCGCCUCCCCAAUUCCCCUUUCUGCCACCCCGUUUCCCCUUCCCCGUCUCCCCGGUACCCCUUCCCGCCUCCCCGUUUCCCCUUCCCGCCUCCCCAAUUCCCCUUUCCGCCACCCCGUUUCCCCUCCCCGUCUCCCCAUUACCCCUCCCCCCUUCCUCCCUCUCAUUUCCCCCUCUUCUCCUCCUUUUUCUCCCCGCUUCUCCCUCUCAUUCGCCCCCUUGCUCCCUCGCAUGUCCCCCCUUUCCCCCUCUCGUUUCCCUCCCAUUCACCUGCCCAUUUGCCCCCCUUCUCCCUCUCAUCUCCCCCCUUUCUCCUUCUGUUUCGCCCUUCUCACACUCUUCCCCCUCCCCACCUUGCUCACUAUAUUCCCCGCUACUCACUCUCUUUCCCCUGCUCACUAUCUUCCCACCAGCUCGCUCCCUUCCCCCCCCCAUCACUUUGUUUAGGGUUGCUCACUCUGUUUCACCAGUGCUUCCCCCCAUCCCCUUCCCUGCUUCCCCCCAUCCCCUUCCCUGCUUCCCCCCAUCCCCUUCCCUGCUUCCCCCCAUCCCCUUCCCUGCUUCCCCCCAUCCCCUUCCCUGCUUCCCCCCAUCCCCUUCCCUGCUUCCCCCCAUCCCCUUCCCUGCUUCCCCCCAUCCCCUUCCCUGCUUCCCCCCAUCCCCUUCCCUGCUUCCCCCCAUCCCCUUCCCUGCUUCCCCCCAUCCCCAUCCCUGUUUCCCCCCAUCCCCUUCCGUGUUUCCCCCCAUCCCCUUCCCUGCUUCCCCCCAUCCCCUUCCCUGCUUCCCCCCAUCCCCAUCCCUGUUUCCCCCCAUCCCCUUCCGUGCUUCCCCCCAUCCAAUUCCCUGCUUCCCCCCAUCCCCUUCUCUGUUUCCCCCCAUCCCCUUCCCUGCUUCCCCCCAUCCCCUUCCCUGCUUCCCCCCAUCCCCUUCCCUGCUUCCCCCCAUCCCCUUCCCUGCUUCCCCCCAUCCCCUUCCCUGCUUCCCCCCAUCCCCUUCCCUGCUUCCCCCCAUCCCCAUCCCUGUUUCCCCCCAUCCCCUUCCGUGCUUCCCCCCAUCCCCUUCCGUGCUUCCCCCAUCCCCUUCCCUGCUUCCCCCCAUCCCCAUCCCUGUUUCCCCCCAUCCCCUUCCGUGCUUCCCCCCAUCCAAUUCCCUGCUUCCCCCCAUCCCCUUCUCUGUUUCCCCCCAUCCCCUUCCCUGCUUCCCCCCAUCCCCUUCCCUGCUUCCCCCCAUCCCCUUCCCUGCUUCCCCCCAUCCCCUUCCCUGCUUCCCCCCAUCCCCUUCCCUGCUUCCCCCCAUCCCCUUCCCUGCUUCCCCCCAUCCCCAUCCCUGCUUCCCCCCAUCCCCAUCCCUGUUUCCCCCCAUCCCCUUCCGUGCUUUCCCCCAUCCCCUUCCCUAUUUCCCCCCAUCCCCUUCCCUGCUUCCCCCCAUCCCCUUCCGUGCUUCUCCCCAUCCCCUUCCCCCCCAUCCCCUUCCCUGCUUCCCCCCUUCCCCUUCUCCCAUCCCAUUCCCUUGCUCCCUAUGUUUCCCCUUGCUCACUCUGUUUCGCCCUUCUCACACCCUUCCCCCUCCUCUUUUUCCACCUUGCUCACUAUAUUCCCCGCUACUCACCCUCUUUCAUUCUGCUCACUAUCUUCCAACCAGCUCGCUCUCUUCCCCCCCACCACUUUGUUUAG